CUCUCCUCUGCUCCUUAAAUAGUUAAAUGCUUUGGUCAGCUGGGAGCAAGCCUGACAGCUGGAAGAGGUGCUGCUCCCAGGACUGAGACAAGGCUGCAUAUUUGCAGCCAGAGUGGAAAGGGAGAAUGGCUUUCAGCAACCACACAAAUGGCAGUUCAAUCAUGCCGAAAUUAUUCCAUAUGUAUGUGGAGCAAAAGAAGACCCUUCGAUUCAACAACCACAGCAACCCAGCCUUGGAGAUGCAGGAGGAGAUAAUGGCAUCGUUCUAUAUCCUCAUCAUUGUUGGGUUUUUUGGCUUUCUUCUGUUUGUCAUGAUGCUCAGCAAUAUUGUUUCCAGCAAGCCUGAAAACUACAUUGACUAUCUCUAUUCUGGGAAGUUUAAUCCUCAGAGAAGCAAGGUGGAGCUUUCAGAAAAGGAGAGCAAAGACACUUUUGUUAUCAUCAACGGUGCUGCCUUAAUGAAUCUGCAAAAGCAGGACAUCAAGUAUAUCACUGGACUGGAGGCACUGAGCACAGAUGCAGUUCUGAGGAAUGUAUGAAACUUCUCUUUCGUUAUUACUAUUCUGCUGUGUGUAAGGAGACCCAAGAGGGAUAUUUUUUCAUUUAUGAAAGUGAGAAAGGAGAGUCUGUGCUAGGGCAGAUGCAAACCUGUCUUGUGCAAGCUUCCCACAUGAUAACUGUGAAGGUUCCCAAGCACAGCGAGCAACGUGUGCUAUUUCAGCCAUGGUCCUUUGGAGGACAGGCUAGGAAUCAAGUCCUUACUGGCCUACUCCUUCAUGGCUGCAUUUAUCACGCGCUUUUCUAACUUCCCUCUCAGGAAAGACUGUUGCUUCAAGCAGGGCACUGUUUCUAGUUGGGGCAUUGCUGUUGUGCCUGUUUGCUGUUAUUGAGGAUUUAUUUAUUUGGGAAUUUGAAGCUAUCAGUGAGCCCAUUGGAUUUGUGCUCUGCAAGCAGAGAGAGCCACGACAACCUCUGCAUCCACCUUCACCAUUAUGCUGGGCAGCCAUGGAGCUAAGCGCGUGGUCAGCCUUUUUGAAACGGAGGUUACGUGGAGGCACACACAAAAAUUGAACUUAUUUGCUUGCUUGCCAGGCUUGGUCUGCAGUGGGUUUUUGACAUUGGUCAUGCAUUUCUCAGCAGUGCUCUUCCUGCACAUUGAACCUUUCCCAUAGCCCAGGGCAGCGAGGUGGUCCAAGACAUCCUGAUGUGUCCCCAAAGCCUCUCACAGGACUUACCUGUCCACCAUCAGGACUCAGGAGCCACAGUCUUAGGGCUGUGCUGCUGUUGCAUCAAUAAUCCCAGGCUGAUUCCUUCAGUCUAGUGCUAAUCCCUUCAACGUGAAGUCCCACAAGCCCCCAGCCUCUGCUGCUUCUUUUUGGUGGUAGCCAGUAAGCAGGAGCCUGGCAUGGAAGCUUGAGGGUGCUUUCUGCCUUGAUGCUGGACACCAUGCCUUGGUAGGCACAAGAAGAUGCAGUUUGCUCACCACACAGAUCAUGGGUGUUUAUCCCAAGUCCUGCAGAGCCCUGGCACACAGUUGCUGACGACGAUAGCUAUGGGGGGGUGCCCAUCAGCAGUGGACUUCAGCUUGCAAUUACCGGUCCUUGCAUUCAUUGGAAAAGUCUCAGGAGUCUGGAAACUACUGGUGAAAGUACACUGAGAACACGAGGGCAUUUUGAAGCAAAAAUCCUAUUAAGUCCUUUAAAACUAUGUACCUGUGAGGUGAUGUUGCUGGUUCCACUCAAACACCUUUGUGUUUCUGUGUGUUUUUACUUUCUGUUACUGAUAGAAAAUUCUCAACAAUUUGGUACUCUAAAAAGCAUUUCUUUCCUUUUCUCCUCUGAUUUUUCUUCAACAGGCUGCCACUAAAUCCAUAGCCUCUUGUUUGAUUUUUUUUUUUUUUUUUUUUUUUUUUAAUCAUUUUCUGGCACAAUGUACUGUUAUUAUUGUGAGUUUUUGCCACUUUUUUCCUGAAAAUAAUUUACUUCUUGUGGGCCAUAUCCUUCAAGGCAAUUUCCACAGCCUGAUCUUGUAAGACACGUUUCAAGGCUGAUGCUUCCAGCCAUUAGCCAAGAUGAAACCCAUACCACUCUCUUGGCUUUCCACACUUCUUGCUUGAAUUCCAGAGAUUCAGCUUUCCAAUGCAGGCAUCUCCUUUUUUGGACAGGUGCAUAGUCCCCACACACUGUCUCUAGUAGAAACCAAUUAGGCAGUUCUGUCAGUUUUGGACCCCACUACCUUUGGCUUCAUCAUGGCGUCUGGUUUAAUCACUUCAUGCUUUGAACCAUAAUCUGGUGUUUAUGCACACUGUUCCUGUCUGCAAUUGGUAGCCAUGCUCCCGUUACCACAGCUCAGCUAUUCAGAUCUUAAAAAUUAGAGGUGUUUUGAAGGUAGAAAAAACACUUGCAGUUCCAGAUUUGUUCCUUGUAUGGGUGUUUUUCACAAGAAGGCAAAUACUGCAGUCCAUUUUGAAGAAAGAUGAAUAGCUGGCUGCUGCAGUGACAAUUUCUCCUCCUUUGUAGAUUCGAUUUAUCUAUUUUCCAGUCAUGCAACUGUGUUAGCUAGCAGAAUCAAAUCCCUUUUUCCAUGAGUGUUUGAUACAAGCUUCAGACAUCCAUCACUACAUAGAGUUCUGUGCAGAGAAAUUUCACCUCCUUCAGCAGUGGCCUCUGCUUUUCAUGACAGGCUGAUGCAAGGGAAACACCAGAACACAGGGUGAACUCCAGCGUGCUAUUUAUCUCUCUGAAAUUCAGCUUCUGAAAACUGAUCUAUUGCUAACGUAUGGCUGAUGUGUUGGUUGAUAUCCCCUUGGUUCUCCCCUUGAAAGAAUCUGUUCCUGCUCACAUCAGUAAUCUGCUCUUGCAGUCUGGGCAUGCAGGAGAGGUGGGCCCCCCCAGCCUGUACUCACCAUGCAACAGGGUCUCUGCACUGUGUACUCAGCAGUUGAAUCAGACUGAGCAUUGGUAACAUCCCAUGUCUCUGUCUCCUUCCCAAAUUGAGGCACACUGCUCAGCUCUAUGCUAGCUCCAUACUGGGGUGAAAUUCCAGGUGUGAUCCUCCCAUUCUGUGCUCUGUGAAGGAAGCUUUCCUUCCCUUUUCCCUUCCCUAUUUCAGGGACAUGCAAACGUGUACAUGCUAUUUCAACCACAUCUGCUAAAAAAACUUCAGCUCCUGAAGAUGCUCCAUUCCUACACUUUCCAAGCGAUAGAGGGAGCUGUGUCUCUGAUGCCACCAAUGGAGAAGUGCUAAGCUCAACCUCUGUGGAGGAUCCCUAAUGCAGGAAAACAAAUUUCAUCAUUUUUCACAAGGUGCCUCACAGAUCUUUGUGGGAAUCCUUCAGCUGUUGUGCUAUUCUGUUCUGAGAAAUUUGGCACUGUUACUUGAGAUACUGGCUCAAUUUAUUUUCCAAAGUUUCCACCCUUCUCUGUGUUUCCAUCCUUGGGCCAUCACUGAUUUUGGCAAGUGCUUCUCUUAUUGGUUCCAUCAUGGAUCUAGAGUUAAAAUUACAUACUUCUGGAAAUUCUCUUUUGAUAUCAGAAGCAUUGCUUUGGUGUGAGACUUUAGCUGGUGCUCAGUAUGCCAUCAGAUAGUCAGGAGUGAAAACAGAUUAUUGAAAUUGGGAAUAGCAUUUUCUGGAAAAAAAAAAAUACUGGAAAAAAAACACAACACAGAUUUUGUGCAGAAUAAUAUUCCCAAGUAUUAGUUAAAAAAAAACAAACAAACAAAUCAAUCUUGCAUGACACUUUAUUUAGAUAAAAAUAAAACACUAAAUCUCAAAUUCAGCAACUUGAUUUCAGCUGGUACUUCUAAUAUAAAAUAGCAGCAGAAACGCCCACUGGUUGCCUAACAUCAUACCCACUGCUGUUUGUUUGUAUUUCAUUGUGUUCCAUAUUUCAUUACGUUUUUAUUCUGGACUUUAAAAUAAAAGAUUUGCGAUGAUUUUUAACUUGUGUAAAUGUGGUGACCGGUGACCUAAUGACAUAAUUACUACUGAAAUGGGUAAUUGGCAUGUAACCGAUAAUUGCUAACCUAAUUGCUUCGUUAAUGGGGACUUUGUUUGUGGGUAAUUGGUAAAUUUGUCAUUUUGCUAAGCGAAACAAUUGAGCUCGGUACAGCACCCAGAAAUAAGCAUGAAGAAAGGUGAGGCCUCCACCUUUUCAUGGGGAGCAGGAGGCCACUGCGGCUGGACACCUGGUGAAACACUCCGUGUGGCACUGAGCCCACGGAGAUGUGGGUUUGUGUCUUAGAAUACUGCCUUCUGCCUGCUCUCCAAGUGUUUUUAAUAAUAUUGAGAUGCUGGGACUAUGGAUAAUUGUUUUUUAAAGCAGGUUAGCAGGUGGGUUUCUGUUAUAUACAUGACAGGAACAGAGUAGAACCCAGUUCUCAAAUAAUUCUUCUGAUCAGGAGGUGAGAGCAGUUCAUCUCUCCUGUCUCACUAAAUGUCAGCAGCUAGCACUAUCAUUUGUAUCUUCUUAACCACUAAGGCACAGACCAGUUUGUGAGGGCUGAUGGAAACAGGGCUCAACAGAGUCACAGGCACGAUGGUGCCACCUGACAGGCUGGGAGGGACACAGUGUCCUUCUGGGGCAGCAACAAAAGGCAAAGGCAUGGACCUUGCCCAUCCUCCUAAGCAGAAAGGCUGAUAUGUGGCUCCUUCAUCCAUCCUGCUAAGUCCUUUCAUUGUCACAUGAAAACAAAAAUAACCUUUGUCCCUUCGCUUUUGACCUGAUAGUGCAAAAAUACAAGAGUCUGGAGAGCUGGAGGAACACUUUCAGGACUGUUUACUGUAGGGAGCCUAAUCUGAUGAAGAUCAAACCCAGUUUUCCCAGGCAAGCUGCAGUUAUACCUACACGUAUGGUCCAGUUGAGAGGAGGACCGUGCUUUUUAAACAAGCCUCCUGAAGGCUGCAGCUUUCAUUGCUUUGCAUCACUGAUCAGCCCCAGAGAAUGCAAUCAGUUGGGCACCACAGUUUUCAUUCCCUGGGGAGCCCACUGGGGACAGCAGUAGACUAGUGCUUCUUGCCCUUGACUGGAGUUGGGAUGGGCCUCAGGUGGAUAAGGUGGGCAGUGUGGAAGAGCCUGGUGUGGCCUGGAGGCCUAAUGGACAAGCUUGGUGAGAGGUGAGAGUGGAGAGGAGGAUUACCUCACUCUGGCCCCUGGGGAUUCUGUUCAGAUGCUACCACCAUUACUCCCCUGCCCUGUUUUCUACUGAUAUCUACUGACAAUCAGAAGGUAAUUAAAAAGCAAGAGAAACAAAAGGGAAACACCCUUUUUAUGAGCCUAUCUCAAGGAUGGCAGUCUCCAACUCAUUCACAAUUCAGUAAAUCCUCUCUGGAGAGGACAGAAGGAACCUUCCAUUAAGGACCUAUUUAGGCAACAAGAGAUAUGAUCUGCAGUUCCAGUGGGUGUCAUGGAUGGAUUGCUGGUCAUAGGCACAGAGGACAAUUACAGAAUGGUACAAGGAACCAAUAAUUCCAGUAGGAACUACUCGUGUCACAGAAUCACAGAAUCACAGCAUGGCCAGUGUUGGAAGGGACCUCAAGGAUCAUGAAUCUCCAACCCCACUGCCACAGGCAGGGCCACCAACCUCCCCAUUUAAUACUAGACCAGGUUGCUCAGGGCUCCAUCCAACCUGGCCUUGAACUUUUCCAGGGAUGGGGCAUACACUCCUGAUUCAUUAGGAGAAAAUUAUAUCAUGGUGUGAAAUACUAAUAAAGAUAAAUCAAUAUUAUUUUGUAGUGUAUUCUCAUGUGAAUAUGAAUUGUAGAUUCUAGUGGGUUUUUCAUAUGUUUGCAGUCUGGCAUUGCCAUCAUUCUGCAUCUGAUUAACAGUUAAAUCAUACAUGCUUCUUUCUUGGGGUAAACCAUUCAUCUUUGUUGUGGUUGAAUCCAGCAGGCAGCUGAACACCGCUUGCCAUUUGCUCACUCCCCACCUCUGUGCACUAAAUGAGAAGGUGAAAAGACUCUAAAAACCAGAUUAGUUCUAAAAAUACAUCACCCUGAAGUGGUGUCUGAGGCAUCGAUAAUUUCUUCCCCCUUCAAAGCCUGAAGAUGUGCAGGUAGACCAUAGUGAACCUCCCAUGGACAGCUGCAGUGUUGGGCUGCAGGCACACUUCUGCCUGUCGCCUACAAGACAGUGGCCUUAUGGUCAGCCACCUGGAAGCCCCACAGCUGCUUCCAGGUAGGUGUGACAUCACAGGCACCACUAGGGCAACCACACACAAUGUGAGCUCAGCAGCUUCCAACUCCUGUAUCCCUUUAGAAGCCAACAUGCAGCGCUUUGCAAACCCGCUUCUCAGGCACAUAAUUCCUAGGGGAUGCUUUGAUGAUGCUUCAAAGACACAGUGCUUGCAGUAUUUAAGAACUCUGAGGGCACUGCAGCGUAAUGGUUUCAACACUAUCUUCUUAGGGGAAACAGAUAUUCCAGAAAGUCUUAUAACAGGAGAAAAAAUAGCUGAGGAGGCCAGCCUACAUUGGCCAGUAUGGACACUUGUUCAUGCUGGCAGCAGCCGAGGGUGGGUGCCAUGGAGGUACAAACUGCUGUUAAGAAAUGAACUGCAGCCCACUCAGAAACAGAAUGGUGCCUUCCAGGAGUUGUGUGAUUCUCUGACCAUGUCCUAUGGGAAAUGCAUAAUUGUGACAAGAGAUAAAAGGCAGCUGACAGGUGUAGGGGCGAAAAACAGCAAGGAGCAGGAGAUGGGAUUGUUGCCUUCAGUCCCCCCAGUAAUCUACAUGUCCAGCAUCAAGUGUUGCCCUGAGACUGCUAGAGCGAAUGGCCAUGAGCUUCUUGCUGUGCCUCCAUCUUACACCUACCUCUAUCCAAUGGAUGUCGCCUGGUCUUCUCUGAAAUGGUUUAUUAUAAACAACAGGAAGGACUUUGCCCUGAGGUCUGUUGAGAAUACCCAUUCCUACAGAUGUAUCCUCUUCAGUGAUCUGAUUAUUAAAGGAAUAGAGAAGAUGACCCCAAACAAAUGGAAAAUAGCGAUUAACAAAGUGAAGAAAUGGGAAAACUACUACCUCGACUCAUUUUCUUAAAUGGUUCUUCCUAUUUUCAGGCCUCAGAUGUGCUUUGAUACAGGUUCCUGCUCUGGUGAUCCCUUUUGUUCAAAGGAUAUAUACUUCAAAAGCAAUGUCAAUUGUACUAAUAAAAGAGAUCAUUUUAAAUCUGAAUAUCACAUUCCAGAUGUUUUCCAAGACUAGGCUGAUAUGUGCUAUACUUGCACCAGGAAGUGACAGUUAAUUUCUCUUACUGCAAAAAAAAAUAAUCACAGAAUCAUAGAACCAUUAAGGUUGGAAAAGACCUCUGAGAUCACAUAUUCCGACUAGCAACCUAUCCCCACCAUGCCCACUGACCAUGUCCCUUAGUGCCGCAUCCACAUGGUUCUUGAACGCUUCCAGGGACAGUGAUGGUCCAGUGCCUCACCACUCCUUCUGAGAAGAAAUUGUUCCAACAUGAACUUCCCUUGGUGCAACUUGAGGCCAUUCCCUCUCAUCCUGUUGCUGUUACCUGGGAGAAGAGGCCAACACCUGCCUCAACACUGUCUCUUUUCAGGUGAUUGUAAGGAGAUAUUAGGUUUCCCUAAUAUUCCCUCAGCCACUUCCCAUCACCUUUCCUGCUCCUGCUGACUGAAUUAUUUCUGAUACAAGCUAGGACGCCACCAGUUUUCUUGGCCAGUCUGCUUGCUCAUAUUCAGACAGGUAUCAACACUUCUAGAUCCUUUUCCUCCAAGAAAAUGGACAAAAGCAUGCGUAAGGCCCAGUCCUCUGUCAUAGGAAUCAUAAGACCAUGCCACAGAUGUGAAUCUCCUCCAUUCUGAGAAAGUUUAUACUGCAAAAUUAAUUCUGCGUGUCAGAUUCAUCUUUGACACACAUGGAAGUGUUGCUCCUGAGCAAUAUAUGCUGAACUGCGACUGAGGCAGAGACCACAGAUAAUGGAAGGUUUAUGAGACUUUCCCAUAAUACAGACAUUCACCUGUUAUCAGCUCAUUAAUUCAUUAUGUCUGGUGCCUUGCUUCUAACAACAUUCUGCAAUAAACGUUCCAGUGACAUCUAAUCUUUUUUAAAAGGGAACUGCCUCAGUAGUUGGUUCAGGCUUUAAAGUAUGAAGAGUUUCAGAAUAAAACACAGCAUUCAUCACGGGAGAUUUUCUUUACUCCUGACAUCGAUUCACUCUUGUUUGAAUCCUGUUGGGCACUGGGAUGUAAAGAUUUCUUUCAGAGUCAAGUUCAAAAGUUUACUUAUGAAUGACGCAGUCAUGUUUUAAAUGUGUUGCUUUUCAAGGUCAUGGAGCACUUUCUCGUUUCUGUAAAGCACCUCCCAAUUUACUUUCUCCAUGUAGCCCAUUACUUUGUGUGUUUGUAUUUUGUAUUUUAACGACAGAAAGUGAAAAUCAUGAGAACAUGAGAAAAAUGUUAUAAGAUGAUUCACAGGUUCACCAAAACGUUUCAGUACACUGAGGGAAAUCUGUGCUGUUUUUCUCUGUGCGUGGAAACCAUCUAAAUUGUAAUUUUUUAGCGCUGUAAUUUGGUGUGGCAGAGAGAUAUCUCAAAAGAGGGAUCUCAUCUACCUUCAGAAGUAUCUAUGCAUAUAAUUCCCUAAAGCUGAGAUACAAAAGAAAAUAACCGUAUUUUCUCAACUUUGUGUUCAUCAGGAAAAACAUCUGCUCAUUUUUAUAAAUAUGGAAGUUGCAGGGAAUGGAAAAUUAAGUGCUUCAAAUGCAGAGACGAAAGAGUAGGGGGGAAAAGAGGAAAAGAUUAGGGAGGGGCAGGAAUGUUUUUAUUGUGCUGGUAUCAUGGCCCUGAGCAUAAUUUCAUACUGGCUUGAAGCAGGAACUGUGCCUCUGAAGAUCAAUGAGCACAAAGUGGUGUGAAAUCAUCCUGAGAAAAGAAAUAGAUCCAAUCCCUCUUUACUACAAGGAUGAACAGCAAUCGCACACUAGCUUGGUUUUCUUAACAAACAAAUGAUGCACAACUCAUUAUCGCAAUGGAUCUAUUUGCCUUCACCUGAUGACCCCACACUAUAAUAUUGGCACGAAGCUGUGGAGAAGAGUGUGCUAAUGCCACCUAUCAUCAAAUCAGUAAAAACCUGAUGACUUCAUUGUUCCAUUCUGGAUCUGCAUGAAAAAGAGUGAGACCAAAAGUGAACAGAGCAAAGUCCCAGACUGCCACCUCACCACCACUCAGCCUUAUGGGUCUCUGCUUCCACCAUCUUAAGCAAGAGAGCCACAUUGCAAAACUUAUUUGCUGCUAGGGUGUGCCUUCUGUCAUCUAUAGUUUGCAGUGGAGACCAUGGGACCAGGUGCAGAAUCACCCGCUUUCCAUCCAUUUCAGCAACAAGGAAGUUUGGUGAGAAAGUGAUGUCUGUCACAGAAAUGUAUCUGUUUUUCCUACUUUAGCAUUGGUAAAAUGGAAACAAGCAUGAAGAAAGAGGUGUUUGGUGGCCUACCUUCUGGAGAAAAAUGGAAAAAAAUCCUUUCCCUGCUGGUAAGGGCUGGAAAGACUUCCCAAGCUACAUCCACUCUUCCCUGCCUUCGCCUGGGAGGCUGAGAGCUGGUGAAACUUUUCUACUCAGUCAUAUAUAACGGGAAUGGAAACCUGUGGGCAGGAAAAGAACUAAGUUUGAAACUAAAUGAACUUUGGUAUUUUGUAUAAAAUCCUCUGAGAUGAGUCCUUUCUUCCUCCCUCCCCCUCUGCUGCUGCAGAAGGGUAAUUACAACCCAUGUUUUCUAAAAAACUUCAUAGCGCUUUGUACUGAAGAAAACUAUGGUGGCUCAUGCAGUUCUGACUCAACUGAUAAUUUAGGAUGACAAGUAAAAACAUAUGACUAAACAAUCUAAUAGGAGGAUGUUAGCAAAUAGCAUGCACCAUGUUCAGAAGCAUUUGGAAUAGUACACGAGCCCAACAUCUCACUAGUAUUUUAAUAGCUAUUAUUUUAUUAGUUUUUUUAGCAGUAGCUGUUGUGGUGAGGCCCAGUUUGUUUGACCAUUUCAGUAUGCCAAAACCAAAGUCUUCGUUUCCUCUCCCGACUCUGAUUGAAAUGCACCACUAGAAUAAAAUGAUUAAAGUAUCUUUGCAUAAAGAGGAGAGGCAGAUGCAAAUGCAUGUGUUGAUGAGGAAGCUAUAACAGAUGUCCCUCUGCUCUAAGCUAGCCGGAAUGCAAAUCACCUGCAUUUUCAUGAUGUCUCAUUGACUAAUUACUUCUAAAUGCUUUUCCAAGACUCAUCUUCAUGGAAAAAACCAUCUAUUUUCUUCUAGUCUAUGAAGCAGGCCUGCAAGGAUUAGCUUAACGCAGUUUUAUAAGUCCACUGUACUAGUAGCAUGCUGCAACCCAGAACGCUGACAGGGCAGAUGCUUUUAGGCCAGGAGUCUAAGGAGGCCCAUGUGGAGGAUGUAAAAAUGGUGGGACACAAAGAAAGGAGGAAGAAUGCAGCGACAACAUUCCAUGUAAGAAAAACCAAGGAAAAAAAAACCUGCUUUAAAAGACAAAUACACACAAAGCUUAUUGAUAUGACUUAAACACCUCUUAACUGACAGUGCCUGACAUUUCUAGUUGGGUAGCACUAAACUUCUGCUAAUCAGUGAUAAGGCCAGAGGAAUAUGAGUCAUAGUAAAUCAGAAGAGUCACAGACCUUGGAAAAUGCCAUACAAACAGAACAAACCUGCCAAAACAAAAAAGAUUAGUAAAAAAAAGACAGUCAUCUAUAUUGUGUUUGCAGUGACUAAAAGGAAGCAACCAUGUACAUUAUUUGCUCUAUGACAGCCAUCUCAAAAGUCUUUGGUCAGAUUGGAACUAAUCUCAAAGAGAGGCACAGCCUUUGAUGAUAUUACACACAGACAUUUUCCAUAGCUCUUUUAUCAGACUCAAAGAGGGAGAAAUUGAUGCCAUAUGGAGAUGCACAUGAAUACAUGCUUAAUCACUUAUUUGUGCCCAAACAAUUCUUUUCUCUACAGGAACAUAUGAGGAAUCCAUUACUAUGGGGAUAACUAUUCUGGCCGCUAUCAGGUAUCCCUAUCACAACAUGGAAAAGGAGCAGCUGGCACUCUGAUUAUACCCAUGAUAGAAGUUUGAUACACACAUAUGCCAGUCAAGGUCCAGAUGAGCCUAGAUGGUACACUGAGCUUGCUUUGGUAGCCAAGAUGAAUCAGCUUGAAUAGUCAAAGCCCAGCUGUGGAAUGAUGUGCACCGUUACAAAGCAUGCAGCCACCACUGAGUCCCCAAACCAGGUGGCAGCUUAUAGCUGUCCCAUCUGAAAAUGGCUUCUGGCACCUUUCUGAGAUGGAUGUAAACACAGGUUCCAGAAAUUUUAUCUGAACUGUCUCCAUACACAAAUGCGGCAGAGUUUACACUCACAUGGCCACACUGCCUGGUUUAUUUUCCAUGUGAUCAGGAGUGUGACAGACACCGUGCUACCACAGGGCAAUCAGGUUCUUUAUGUGAGUUCUAUCAUCUUCUCCCUAAACUUGAAGAUGGAGGGUUGUAAGCAGUUAAUAAGUAGGGAGAGGAUGCAACAAGUAGAUGACAGAUGUGUCUUUGGAAGCAGGUCUGGAGAGGCUGUGAAACUGGGCCUGGUGAAGGCUGAAUCCCCAUCUUCGGAGGCAUUCAGGGCCAGGGUGGAUGGGGCCUAUGGGCAGCCUGAUCUGGUGGCAAGGAGGGGAACUAGAUUAAGGUCACUUUCCAACCCAAGAUUUUCUAGGAUUCUGUGAAAUUAGAGAGGCAUCAGUCUGCCUAAUCUACAGGUUUCUUCCAUGUUUGAGCUAGAAAGGGUGAUGUGAAUGGGUCCAAUGCUCCUCUUUGGACAGGGUAGGUUGAGUCAGCAGAUUAGUAAAGACACUGUCUGUGUGUCACAAACAAGAGUUGGGAUCCAAGGAAAACUGCAAAGGAUUCAAAGCCAGAUAGAGAAUUCACGGUGCCUUCAGUAAGAAAGGCAAUACAAAACAACUGGAAUAGCUGAUCCCCAAGAGGAAAACUGAGAAAGGAAAUACAGCAAAAGGUUCUUGGAGCUGGUACUCUGACACCUGAAAAUUAUUUAGCUCACUGACUUGCAGCAGAAUCGCUUGAGAUCGGUGCAGUUUUCUUAGUUGGCAUGCCAAAUUUUAAGUAGGCAUUGUAUGGCUUUAUCAGUAUGGUAGGUUCUGCCACUGUGCAUGAGCUGUACCCACUAGACCUGACACAGAAACAAGGAACUCCACAUGACACUGAGGAAAUAGCCCUAGUCUUGCCUUGCUUUUAGACAGCAAGCAGGACAGCAACCUCUCCUGCUCCUGGGCACUGCUUGAGAAAACUCUUUUGUUUAAAAACACACGGCCUUCAUGUCAGAAGAAAACCUAAAGGUGCAAAUGCUAGAAGUUUAAACCAUUUCUCAGCCAUCUUCAACACUUGGCAGUAGCGACAGUGACAACAUCCAACAGUCAAAGGCCUGUGCAAAUGAGGUGCUGGCUAAGGUUAAGUUGCCAGUCUGUACAACAUGAGUGCCCUUUUAAAAGGGCAUAAUUUAGUGGAACAGGCAAAGAAGCAGUGAAUUUGUAGUUCUGUAGGCACAAAAAGAAUGUGACCUGGCUUGCUUUCUGGGUUGGGAACAUCUACAAGGGAACCCUGUUUAUUCCCUGCUGUGCACUUCAAGGCUCUUCUUGCUGCUUCCUCUCAGUUGCAGAAACUCAAUAGAAUCAAAUUCUCUAUUCCUCUUUUAAAUUGGUCUGGACUAGUCACAUAACUCUUCCUUCAGUAAAAAAAGAAACAGGUUUCGAGGUCCUCAGCUCUCUUCUGAACAGCAAAGUGAAACAAAUUUGAGCUGCUGUCUCCCCCCAGUGUCAGCAUAUUUUCGUCUUCAAGGCUGCUACUGUGGCACAUAAAAUGCCCAAGGGUAAAGAGACCUGCUGCAACUUACCCAGUGAAGGAAAAUACAGGUGUGUUCUCCUUCCUAGACGGCCUUCAAAGCAUAGAUCAAACAUCCACCCAGAUAUACGGAAGAAGAGAAAUUGGUUCAGACUUGGGAACAGGUUUGGUAUCGUAUUUUGGAACCUCCAGAAUAUCAGCCUGCUGUGACACCCAUUACAACCCCCAGGGGUUUUCUAUGCCAUAGCGCUACUCCAGAGCUAAGGGAAAAAACAGCCAGAUUGGACCAAAUUUGAAGUAAAUAUACAAAGAGUUUUUCUGAGCUAUCUGUAGAUGCAAAGAGCUGGUGAUGUAGAGGACUUCUGAGGAGACUCACAGCUGCUUUUUGCCCAUGUUCAAUUCAGGAACAAAAACAGGACUACUCAUGUUAAUUGCUUUCUUGCACGCAUUUAGCAAACUAUGUCCCCCUCAGGCUUUAACACCAGUCUUCAUUUCUUUGGGUGAUAAAAGAAGCUCAAUUGCUUUGACGCAAUAUCACUUGCUUUAAUGGGAGAUCGUGUCCUUUUGAUUCUGCUUACAGAGUAGCUGUACUGAAAGGGAGAAUCCGUCACUUCCAAUUAAUAACACAUUCUAACUAUUGGUCUAGAGAAACCUACUAUUGGCUGAGACUCUAAAAAAAUCAAAAGUGAGGCCAAUACUUAAAGGCAAUCCCAGACUGCAUGGAGUCAACACAUUACUUACUUCUCAUGCUGGUAGACACCGUGCAGCCCUGACAAUUUCCUCGUACAGUUUGGGUAUGUGGCUAAGCUAAACUUCUUGGUGUGUUUCCCUCAAUAGCUGUUUAAUGGAAGUGGUUAGGAGAGUCUGCUCUCACUGAACACCACAAAGCCAUUUAAUUAAAUUACUAUUCAGUUCCGUGUUUGCAUACACAGAUGACUGCUGAGACAGUAGAGGGAAAACAGCAGAUUUGCAACGACACUAAGAAUUCUCCAGUCAGAUACAUAGUCCUGAAGCUGCCAUAGGAAAAAUACCGUUCUCUUCCAGGAACAGGCUUCUGUAAUACUUACAUUCUUUGGUCACCAAGGCGACUGCAUGGACAGUGAGAUUUUACAGAUCACCACAGUUCAUGGUGAGUAACUCCACUGCACUAAAAGCUCUCUGAGCAUUAGCUGUAUCAGCUACACGCAUUGCCAGAUAAUGCUUGUGACACACGCACUGCAGCAGUACACGCUUACAUGACCACAGCAGGCACCUCAGCCUGUAGCCACAGGGAGAGGGCAGGAGCGAGCCAACCCAGGGGCCUCCCACAACCUCUGGGCUCCCAAGUCUUCUCCAAGUUUUCUCCUGUCUUCUUCUUUUCACUCCACUCAGAUUUCACAUUCACCUUCACUUCCAGAAAACACCAGGAUUUAGAAGUGCUUUAUAAAGGAAAUGUGAAGGUAAACAUACCUGUUACCACUGCUGCACAUUCCUAAGGUUUGUUUACGUGCAAACCACCUAUUGUGUUGAUUAACCUACCAUGACUG